CGAAAACACUUACCCUGCGCUGUUCCCGCUCGAGGAGGGGCAGCAGAAAACCCAUAAGACUCACGAAGAGCUCAAGCGCCAGCCAUUGGACCUCAAGGGUGCUGUCCUGGCGAAGGAUCUUAUCGAUAAUGCUUCCGGGCAAAAGAGUGUCAUGGAUUCGUUCAAAAGUCUUUCCUCGGCGGUGCAAAAUAGCAACGCGUAGGUUGUAGCGUCAUAUACUCGAGUGUGAGCAGUUAGGUCUGCGGCCAAUCGGUCAGUGGCAGUUUCUAAACUUUUUAAACGUUCUUCUCUCGCUCUAUCCCUACUAUUAGUCUUUCUUCCUUUCAUUCCAUCUCUCUUUAUUUCCCCCCAUCCCGUUCGAUGUAUUUCUUUGAUGGUGGAGGUUCAGGGACUAAAUUGCUUAUUUGUGAAGCCAACCCACCUACUUCCGGCGUAUGGCAGACACUUUGAAUUGGAAAUUCGGAGGGAACGAACCUGAUGUCGUGGUAAUUUUGCAGAGAUGACUGUGCCCAAAAAAAUUCCCUGCAGCUUUAUAUUGACCCCACUUCCAGACGUAUCGAGUACAACUCCCCUCGCCUUUCCCAGCACCCAAGAUGUGUAGAUAUUUUCCAGUCGUAGCCAGCAUACUUUACAAUAAUUUGCGAGCACGAUCUCCUACUCCUCAAUUGCGCAAGCACAGUAUCCUCGUCACUCAGGAUCACUCGUGAACACACUCCUUGACUCCAACGCCCUAUAAAUAGGGCAGGAUCCCGCGUCACGGGUUCUUCAGGGACCGAUUUAACCCAAUAAUCCUUCAAACACCCUCCCCAACCGUACGAGUACAAUAGCAUACUCUCACAAACUCCACGAAACACAUUACCAUAGCCCAACUUCCCAAGCGAAAGGUACGAGUACGGUAUCGGGCUCACUCCCACCACUACCAAGCCCACAACGUCAUGAGGCUCAACGGAACUAUCCAAAGCCGAAGUCAAAGCGCGAGGCCACUGCCCCCCACGCAACCUGACGGUCGCCGGAACGAAACCGUGAAAGCAAGGUAAAAAGCUGGGAAUUUUUCAACCCGUAGGGGAGGCCCACACAGCUCAGCCAUUCAUCAUCAUCAUCGCCUAAGCAAAUCCACCGUCGCACAGAGAACCACCGAUGAUCGGGGAAAUCUUGCUAUGUGUUGUUAAAGAGUCAGCAAACUACAAGCUCAGCCUUCCUCGCCAUAAUUCCAUCCUUCUUUCAACGAUAACGCUUCUCCUCCCCUUCCUCCUCUUCCCCCUCCAUAUACACAACAACAUCCACGAUGUCGAACACCAACGGUAGCAAUCAAGCCAUGUCGCGCCCCACCACCACCAACGAAAACAUUUUCCUCUUCAUUCCCAACCUCAUCGGCUACUCGCGCAUCAUCCUCGCCGGCUGUUCCCUAUACUUCAUGUCCUACCACCCACACUACUGCACGCUCCUUUACACGCUCUCCUGUCUCCUCGACGCGCUCGAUGGUUGGGCUGCCCGGCGGUUCAACCAGAGCACGAAAUUCGGAGCGGUACUCGACAUGGUGACGGAUAGGUGCACCACCGCAUGUCUCCUCUGCUUCCUCAGUAGCGCGUACACCAGGUGGGCGAUUCUCUUCCAGGGCCUGAUAUCCUUGGAUCUGGCGAGUCAUUACAUGCACAUGUAUGCCUCGUUAGAGCGGGGCGCCGCAUCACACAAGAAAGUUGAGAAGAAAAUGAGUAGGGUUUUGAACCUGUAUUAUUCUAAUAAUGUUUGUUUUCCGUUUUCUUUUCCCUCCCUCCCAUUCCCCGGUUGUGACAUGAUUAGACGGGGUUGCUAAUAGGGGGGGGGGGUUGGAUUGUAGAAAGUCUUGUUUACCUUUUGCGCCGCGAACGAGUUGUUCUUCCUCAGCAUGUAUCUUCUCUCCUUCCCCCAGUUCUCCAUCAUUGGAAACUCUUGGAGUUGGCCAUGGAUUGUUGCGGCGGUCACCUUCCCCAUUUGCGCUGCUAAGCAGUGGAUCAACGUUGUGCAGAUGGUCAAGGCUGCAGGGUCAUUGGCGGAGGGUGAUUUGGAGCUAAGAUCUCAAGCAAGGAAGCAAAAUUAGUGAGCCGGUUGGUCGGUUGGUUGUUUGGUUGGCUGAGUAUGGUAUAGUAUCCAAGGGCAGGUGGAAACUGCAUAAGGGCGUUCGUUGGUUACGAGAUUCUCGCUUUUUUCCCUCUUCCUUCUUUUUAUUCUUUUACAUAAUAAUCAUUUAUCUUUAAUUUUCCUCAAUCAAUUCACUUGCCUUCCGGCC